CAGCCCCUGCCCGGGCCAGGCCAGGCCGGCCGGCCAGCGGGGAAAUGAGCUUCUUUGGCUUCGGGCAGAGCGCUGAGGUGGAGAUCUUGCUGAGCGAUGCCGAGAGCAGGAAGCGAGCGGAGCACAAGACGGAGGAUGGCAAGAAGGAGAAAUAUUUCCUCUUCUACGAUGGGGAGACCGUGUCCGGGAAGGUGAGCCUCGCGCUCAAGAACCCCAACAAGCGUCUGGAGCACCAGGGCAUCAAGAUCGAGUUCAUCGGGCAGAUCGAGCUCUACUAUGAUCGAGGGAACCACCAUGAAUUUGUGUCACUGGUGAAGGACCUGGCCAGGCCUGGUGAGUUCACACAGUCCCAGACCUUCGACUUUGAGUUCACCCACGUGGAGAAGCCCUAUGAGUCUUACACAGGACAGAAUGUAAAGCUAAGGUACUUCCUCAGAGCCACCAUCAGCCGCCGGCUCAAUGAUGUUGUCAAGGAGAUGGACAUUGUGGUCCAUACACUUAGUACAUACCCAGAGCUCAAUUCAUCAAUCAAGAUGGAGGUUGGGAUUGAGGACUGUCUGCACAUUGAAUUUGAGUACAACAAAUCCAAGUACCACUUGAAAGAUGUGAUUGUGGGGAAAAUCUACUUCCUGUUGGUGAGGAUCAAAAUCAAACACAUGGAGAUUGACAUUAUCAAGAGGGAGACUACAGGGACGGGCCCUAAUGUUUAUCACGAGAAUGACACAAUAGCCAAGUAUGAGAUCAUGGAUGGAGCACCUGUGAGAGGGGAAUCCAUUCCAAUCCGGCUCUUCCUGGCUGGAUACGAGCUGACUCCCACCAUGAGAGACAUCAACAAGAAGUUCUCAGUGCGGUAUUACCUGAACCUGGUGCUGAUUGACGAAGAGGAGCGACGCUAUUUCAAACAGCAGGAAGUGGUGUUAUGGAGGAAAGGGGACAUUGUGCGAAAAAGUAUGUCUCACCAGGCAGCCAUUGCCUCCCAGCGCUUCGAGGGCACAUCUUCCCACCCUGAAGCCCGGACCCCCGGCCAGCUGUCUGACAACAACAGCCGGCAGUGAGGCCUCUGGGCCAAGAAGCUGCUGGGCUUCACCCCUCACUCACCCAACACCAGCUGCUCAAGGGGGAGGGGGCAGGGGAGCGAGAUGCUCUGCAGACACUUUACACACAACCCGAGAAAACAAAAACAAAUUCCAUUUAGGACUUUAAUUCCUUUCUCUGAAGAACCUGAAGGGGACAGGUAUAGAAGCAUUCCCCUAGGACUAUGCCUGCAGCCCCAGGAGGCUUGGAUAGCUUUAGAACCCAAGGGCUGAUUUAGGGCAGGGGGGUGGAGCGUAUCCCCAAAUAUAUUUGGUCCCCAGGGGUGAAGGAUCCUGCCCUUGGCAGGAAGGCUAUUGGACCAAGAGUGUUGUAGAGCAAAAGUUGGUCUGUGUAUUGAGUAGAAUGUUGGCAGGGUCUCACCUGUCCUUUGGCCCUUUACUGUCUGCUCCUUCCAAGCCAAGGGGCUAGGAAUGUCACCGGGAUCUUCAUCUGCAGAUGUUGACCUUACAUGGUCCCAGUUAUACCAUCCCCUUCUUCAGUUCCCAAGAAUGUGACAGGAAGUAGGCCUAGGCAGGCAAAGCCCAGAAAGGGCAGGAAUAAUUCAAGAUCAGGAAUCUACCUCUUUGGGAGUGCGAGUCUUGCAUGUGGUGGUAAAACACCACUAGGAGCCAUCUCCUCUUCUCUGGCCCCAGCCCAUUCCCCCUCUCAAAAAAAUGAAUUCCAGUGAUGAGACACAGACACUCUCCUUUCAACACAUGCUUCCCUCUUGCUUAAAUUAUGAUCAUCUUCAAUGUCAUGAACAGAAGCCUAAGCAAAGGGAUGACAGCCAAGCCUGGAAAGGGAAGCUCAGCAGGGGGCAGUGUUGUGAGAAACAACACUUACUGAAAAUGAGACUUCUGAAAGCUAGUGUUCAGAUGUAGCAGUCAGCCUGCUCUUGAAGCACUGAUGUCUAACAGCUACCUGGUUUCUGCAUCCAACUCAUUCUUUUGGGCCCCAACAUCUGGUUUUGACACUGACACUUCAGGGGUCACAGGUCCUCUACGUACGGGAACAUGGGUAUUCCUUUAAGCCCUAAGCAAAAGAUCUCACUUCCCUUUAAGGGAAAUGAGAGUUAGAAACUGCAGCCUUGGCCAGUGCUUACCCCAUAGCCAAUCACCACUCCCACCAGGCCUCCUACCUCCUUUCAGGGAUAUGGGGGCAUGGCUUUGAACCCUUGAAAAUCACCCUCUUGUAACCACCCCAGAUUCUUUAGAAUCUAAUUUCCCCACUUAUAGUGAAGGGAAAGGACAUGAGGGCCUCAGCAGAGGACGAUGGCUAUCCUAACUUCUAAAUGAUUCUGCUUGCCAAAUUGAGUCUUCAUCUUUACCGGAUGACUGCCCAGAGUUUAGGGCUAUUGCUGUUUUCCCCAUUUAAAAAAAAAAAUCUCAUCUGGAUGUUUCUGUGAUAUAAAGGGAAAAGAGCCAUUUCCCUCUCUGUGACACUGUGUUUUUAACAGCAAAAGUGAACGUGCUUUUUCUGCCCCAUCUGGAGAUGAGCAGAGGUCAAGCUGUUAUGAAGACCCUCAACUCCUAAUCACAAAAGCUGGUGUUAACAAACAAGCUCCCCAUGGGUAAAGGCUCUCUUGACUGCCCUGGGUAACUGAGUGUGGGAAGCUGAACGUCAUGCUAAGGAGGGUCUUGACCGUUUCAGAACACAGAGUUAGGACUUCCAGUGUGCCUACCUGCUAAUAGCUGGCAGCCCCCUUCUGUAUCCUAACAUGUCAUCUUCUCCAGUUUUCCCAGUGAUGUGCAGAUCUUUCUUGACUUUACUGAUUUAUCAAUUUUAAGAUUUUCCUAUGGAAGGGGAGAGAGAACCUAUUACGGCUCUCUCAUGGACAAGGCUCUUACACCAGAUCUUUACUUUUCUUUUUCUCAUCCCCUCUCCCUUCUCCAGCUGUCACUGCAAGGGUAGCCCACCUCCACUUUUCCCAUGCCCUCAUCCUGGGGAGUGAAUAGGUACUAAAUCAAGCAGUGCAACUUGUAAUUAAGCAGCUGCAGUGUUUACAUGUUUCUUAAUUUGUUGUCUUUUCAAUGGCUGUAUUUUAAAAAACAAACAAAACAAAAAAAAACUUGUUUUAAUAGUCUCUCUGAUUAAAGGGAGCCACUGUGGCUCCAGAGACCAUGUGCCCA